GGGUUAUUUGAAAGUCAUAGGAUGAUUGUUUAGCUUGGCAGAAAUGGUGAUUUUUGAAUGUCCUGUCGAUACGAACGGGAAAAUAGCACAAAAUCUAAACACUGUGCAAGAAUAAUUAUAAAAGAUUUUGAGUAUUCUGACUUUGAAACUUUAAAAUCUGCACUUCGUAAAUUGUAGUGAAUAUUGAACAUAUGAAAAUUCCCCUACUCCUGAUAUGGCGCUGGAUACGUCUGUAAGUUCUGUAGCAGGUUGGGCCCUUGUUUUCUAGUACUGAUCGCAAGAUAGUCUUAAUCUGAAGCUUAUGUUAUUUAUGAUUGUUACAGAUUGGUACCCUUGGAAAAUAUAUAAGGAUUGUUUGGUCUUUUUUGGUUGUCGAUUCACCAUUCUUUUUUGUUUUGCAGCCCUCUACACUGACAUUAUAUGCCUCCCUAGUACACAAAAUAACUUCUGGCUAGACGUGAAUCGCUAUAGUUCAUCCAUUGUGUUUUCUUUCAUUUUUUGCUCUAAAUAAUGUUUGAAAGUUUAUGAUACUCAUGCCACUAUUCGAAAAUAUCCGAAAAUGUGUUUGUCGCAGACAUGGCUUGUCUCGUCGGUUAACCAGGGUGUUAUUCAAUGUAAAGAUUAAUGAAUCCUUUAAAUCACAAAAUAUCCCGUCACAGAUUCGAGAUUUAUUGGUCUACAUAGCUCGUGAGGGAGUAGCCGUAACGGAUUUGUUCAGAAGACCUGGAAACCAACAAGAUAUGAAAAAGAUUAUCUCUGACCUUGAGGCGGGGAGACCAAUCAGGUGGACAGAUUACAACUUUUAUACCCUUGCAAAUAUUGCCAAACGGUAUUUGCUACAUAUUGAGGGCGGGAUUUUGGGUCCUGAAUCUGAAGAAAAACUGCUUUCUACUCUUGACAUUCCAGAUGAUCAAGCCCGAAUCGAAGCAAUGCAUUGUGUGAUUGUUUCCCAACCAAAGCCUGUUCAGCAGUUACUUGCUCUACUAUUCGGCAUCUGGUUUCGAAUGAUCUAUCAUACUGAAGUUAAUGCUAUGUCUGUGGAAGCUGUUGCUAAAUCUGUCGCCGGUUCUGUUUUCCCCAGCUGCACGACUACCCCAAUAAAAGUUGAACGAGCAUCAAAAGUUAUGGAAUAUCUCAUAACUGGCUUUGCCUCUGCUGAUCUCUUCAGUCGUGAGCUUAUCGAAUACUUCACAUUAGAAACGAAAACUAGCAUAUCGAGAGUGGAGAAGUUCAAGUACGAGUUUCGAUUUCCUAAAGACGUGCCAAGAGAAAAAUCUGUUCGUCUUUUCGUUCGAAUGCUAUUAGAAGAAGGUAGAAAACAUGGAUUUCACCUGAUUAAAGAUGCCGUAUCCAGGGAGGUUUUUGAAAGAUCAGCUUGUAAUAACAUAUCCACUCCAAACAAUACAGUGAACUCAGGAUCUAAUGAGGUCACUUCUCGUCCAGAUGAUAAUUUGCUCGUUGGAAAUAUCCCAUCAAAUGUUUCGUAUAUGCAGAAUAUCAGUUCCACACAGAGUGAGAGUUACAUAUCUGGAGAUGGGACUAUUUUAUAUACAGAGGCAAGCUCUACGGUAACACCUACUCUUCUAAGACGGGAAAAUCGACCCUUUGAAAUAGAUACUGGGGGAUUUGACAUACUAAAUGCUCCUAUUCAGCAAACAUCGGAAAAACGUACAUGUGUUACUACAACACCUAUUGGAAAAACCUCUCAUCAUGCCACUCCAGUAGUCAACUUAGAUUCAUUAAACGCACAUGAGUUUUUAAAUCCUAUAACAACAAUUGUAAAUCCGGAUAAUUCAUCUAAGAACAAAUUUCCCUCUGUUGUCCCAUCCAUUUCAUCAGUUGAGAAUAGAGAAUAUAAUGCUAAAUUAAAGAAUACAACCUAUCGAACACCAUCUUCUCAAUCAGUUUGUUUUAAUUCUGUUAAACGACGUCAGUUGGAACGCUUACAAAAACGUUCUGAUUGGUUUCUUAGUCCCCCAGCCGGCUUACGCUCAUCCACUGGUUUAAUGCACUUAAAUCCUAAUACUCCUGGAGCUGUACACGGUUCCAUACCCCAAAUUCAGAAUAAAUUAAACACAUCUCAAACUAAUAAUAAUAAGACUAACUUUAGGAACUAUCCUAUUGUCUCUACUGAACCACAUUCAUCAUCUGAUCUUGAUUCAUCUUCAUUAAUGGACAUUGAUCUAUCUGAGGAUGCGACAACAACAAACGAUUACAUCCAAAAUCUAAGUCAGUUCAACAUUAAUGGGAACGAUGUUGAUGUGAAUGAUAUUGGACAUUUAGUAUUCACCGCUCCUGAACGUAUAUGGAAUUGUAGUAGUAACAGUAGCAGUAGUGGUGACCCAAAUAAGUUAUUAUCAACUACGACAACUGGCCGUAAACGUCAUUCGCAUACACUUUCUACACCUGAACAUACAAUGCCACUAACUACUGGAAGUUCACCGAAUUGUCCGUUGCCUCCACUGUCGACGUCAAGAACACCAACAAAUUGUUUUAAAGAUUAUCCAGUCAAACGUUCUUCUUUUCAACCAGCAGUAGUUGAAGAAAAAGAGAAUUAUCCAGAGGUCGAAAUACGAUAUUAUAUUGUUGAACGAUAUUACGGUCCGGAACCUCGACCACCUCCAUCAAACAUUCAACAACGUCUUGUUAAUCACAAUCAAGAACUAGCUACAUAAUUUCAUUGUUGUAUUAUGUACAAGUUCAACGAUAUCUAUGGUGUAUAUUUCACUUACUUGAUACGUUCUUUUUAUUCCACACACAUGACCAUAUAUAUUCUCAUUCGUUCAUAAACCAACCACCUGUACGUAAAAAGUAGUAAUUUUCUUGUGCGUUUUAUGAGCCACAAAACUUUCUUUCGCCUUUAUUCUUCCUUUUUAUUAUUAUCUUUAUAUACUUCUUGGUUUUCACUUUACCUUUUUGUUAAUUUGAUGCACAUUCAUGCAAUUAUUGCUUUAUUAACACAAUGUGCCUACUACUAUACACUCGAAGGAGAAGUCUACACGUUGUUAAUGAUAAUACUUGUCUAGUUACCUGUUGAGUUACUUUUCUUUGAAAAGAGUCCAAGCAGAACCACCGGGGGAGAGGAAUGAAACAGAUAGCAACAACAAAUGAUGCCCGAUUCUGUGUAGAUAUAUAUUUGCAAUCAUUGUUUGAUUGUUUACUUUUCCAAGAAGAAAUGACAAUUUAGGUUUCUCUUCAACUAACAUGAACUAACCAAAAAACUUCAUAAAAAUGAACAAUCAAACAACUCACUUGUUUCUCUAUAAUUUAACGUAACCGUACUUUCCUAUGUUUUUUCUUCCUACUAUAUACCACUUGACCACAAGUAGGUUAUUACUGUUACCUAUUUUGUUUUUCCUCUGAGAAAUUACAAAAAUAGACACUGUUAUUCAUUUAUUUUGAGAUCAUUUUUAUUCUUACUGUAUUAUUCGUUUUUAGCGAGUUUUCAUGUCGUUUUAUUACUAUUUUUAGUAAUUAUAUUUUAUUUGUCCAGAUUGCCUUUUUCGUACCUGUUGGUGUUUUAUAAACGAUUUCUUGUUACUGUCUGCAUCUGUUAGAUUUUUCUCCUCUACACUCUAGUGAAUUGCUUUCGUUUAUCUCUCUAAGUUGUUGUUUAAAGUCAAUUAUCAAUUAAGUCCAAUACAACUGUUGUAAUGUCAGAGACAACCAUAACCACUUGUUUUCUAGAGUGAUGGCGGCGUUCUUUUUUCUUAUAUCUUCAGUACCUGCUGUAUUAUUGUUUGUGUUGCCUUAAAAUUACUCAGUGAGUUUUUUUAUAAUGAGGAGACAGUUCAUUUUACUUCUUACUUAUAUCGUAUACCUUAAUUUGUCCUAAAUGUGCACAUUUACCAAUUUUACUUGCCUUCACUGAUAUUAGUAAUAGUAAUAGUACUUUGGUUUAUUAUGUCAGCAUCGAUUUAUUGUUUUCAACUGUAAACAGUCUAUUGUUGUGUAAUUCACAAUCUUCAUUGAACAAUCAAUGCUUUACUUGAUAGUGUUUUUAUUUUUUGAUUGUCAGUUCUUUAUAUUAUAAAUAUUUUUAUACUUUCCGAAUAAACCAACUACACAGAUCUAUUUUGUGAUAGGUCAUUUCCUUAUGUCCACUCUUUUUACACCAUCUGUCUAUAUAUACAAACGCAAUUAAUUUAUGUGAAAACUUUUUAUGCAAAUAAUUUUCUUCGUAAACACUUCUCAAUAAUCUGUUUGCUUACCUGAUGCACUAUCUAUCCAUUACUGUCUGAUAAAUCUGUUAUUUGUUUUUACGUUAGUUUGCAUCCUGUUUCGUUUUGACGAAAACAGUUAUAAAACACAGUUCUUGUUUGAAAAAAAGGACAUUGUUAUUUGAUGUUUCCUCCGACUUUUUUUAGUUGUCACCACUUUUGUUAUUAUCACUGUUUUAGUCAGAAUUGAAAUUUCAGAUAUGCAUUUGUGUAAUAGUGAAGCCUAUAAUUACUAUUCUUAGUCAAUUUGUCGCUGUUAAAUAAAUUGGGUAGAUGUUGCAUUUACAUUUGGUACUAGUUCAGUC